GGUCGGGCUAGGCACACACCACCAUCCGGUGACGUCGUCUUCUUCCCAAGCUAUCCCUCUCGCUGUCUCGAUCCAGUGUGUAUACAGUGACCCACGUCUCGGUUCAUCGCCGGCGGCGGCAGCGUCGCCGCUUGGGCGAGCUCUUCAUCUGCGCUUCACCGGCGAAGUUUCCACUAGGUGGGGGUGAACAUGUCGAGCGCAGCGGUGAACGGGCUGGCCGGCGCCGGCGGCGGCAUCAUCGCUCAGAUCAUCACCUACCCUCUGCAAACCGUGAACACCCGGCAGCAGACGGAGAGGUCAGCGAAGAAGAGGAAGGCCGGGAGCGGCGGCAGCGCCACCCACACCUCCACCCUCUUCCAGAUGCUCCAGCUGAUACAAACCGAAGGAUGGGGUGGGUUGUACAGUGGUCUCAAGCCCUCUCUAAUCGGCACUGCCGCGUCGCAGGGAAUCUAUUACUACUUCUACCAGAUCCUCAAGAACAAGGUGGAAGAUAUAGCAGCUGCUCGUAGUAAGAAGGGCCAUGGGGAUGGUACUGUUGGGAUGCUUUCUUGGCUUGGUAUUGCAGCUGUUGCUGGGUCAAUCAAUGUUCUUCUAACCAAUCCAAUAUGGGUCCUUGUGACACGUAUGCAGACACAUACUCAAGCGAAAAGGAAAAUAUUGGAGUCUAAGAGCGAGCUUUUACUGAAAGAAAUGUCUAGGGCCAAUUCAUUGGAGGUUGCAGUUCUGAAGGAUAGGCUGGUUAAACUGGAGUCGGAAAAACCUCGUCCAUAUGGUACUCUUCAAGCGAUCCAGGAGGUUUAUCGUGAGUCUGGUAUAAGAGGAUUUUGGAAAGGGCUUGUUCCAACAUUAAUCAUGGUAUGUAAUCCAUCGAUUCAGUUCAUGAUCUAUGAAACAUUGGCAAAGCGCCUGCAGUCAAAGCAUUCUGGAAAGCAACUACCAAAAAGGAACCUCACUGCUAUGGAGGUUUUUUUAUUGGGUGCAAUAGCAAAGCUUGGAGCUACUGUAGUCACUUAUCCAUUGCUAGUCGUCAAGUCAAGGUUGCAGGCAAAACAAGAAAUUGGCAGCAAUGCGAUGUCCAGAUACACAGGUACACUAGAUGCGAUAAUAAAGAUGGUCCGCUACGAAGGACUGCAUGGAUUUUACAAAGGAAUGGGUACAAAGAUUGUACAGAGUGUCUUUGCUGCCUCGGUUCUAUUCAUGGUUAAAGAGGAAUUGGUUAAGUUAGCAGUGCUUUUAGUUGCAAGGAGUAGGACUAUGCUUAUUACUACAUCCAAGAAACAAUAGGUGUAUGUCCAUGACCAAUAUUUUUUUGGGGAGAAAAGCCCCCCAUUUUUUUUGCCUCAACUUGUAAUAUAUAGGAUCUCAUUAUACAUAUCCUGUUCAUGAUCAAUAUGAAAUUCUUUACUAGUUACUAGAGAAAUUUUUGAA